AUGAAUAAAUCUGUUGGAAAUAUCGAUGCUAAUCGUACGGAGAUGCUUAAUGGAUUUGAAUGUAGGCAAGUAUGUAUUGGACAAGAGAAAGAUUUCAAUACCGCUAGAAAGAAGGCAUUACAAUAAAUUGCUGCCUCGAAGGUCAUAAUAGAAGAUUUCAGAGACGUUUUCCUGUCUUCGUUUGUGUGGCCGGCUAUUGCAUGUGGACUACUUUACGAAGGUAAACACCUUUUAGGCACAACAAUCGCUCGGCCAUGCAUUAGCACAGCUCUGACAAGAAUUGCAAAAUCUGAAAAUGCAUUUAUAAUCGUUCAUGAUGCGACAGGAAAAGCUACUACAAUCUCUAUCCCGACAUCCAGGUACUGUAUCUUUACAGACUUUUAUACAAAAUUAUCAGAAAGAUCAGAUUUGUUAAAGUAUGCACAACAAAACGAAAUACCUAUUUCAUCCAGGAAAACUUCGAAAUCACGAUAAGCUAAGAGUCAAUAUGAAGCACAUCAAGAGUUGGAAAUGUUUGUAUUGUUAUAUCAGAUGAAAUCUUAUUUGACUAACAAAAUGACUGAUUACGUUUAUAAAUGUGAAACAACGCUGUAGGCGAUUAUACAAAAUAAUGGUUUCGUAAAUGGUUAGUACUGCUCAACGAGUGCUCUAAUUUGCUCUUUGGUAUUAGCAAAAUAAAUUUUAAGCAAACUCCUAUUACUCUUAUUACUCUUCGAUCUUACAGUAUGUACGCAUAGCCGACGUAGCAAAGAGUAUUCAUACAGCGAGAGUCUAGUCCGAACGAAUGGAAGAGGAGAUUACGAACUUGAAGGCGUGAUUUCAUUCGUACGCAAGCUUACGUAUUAAAAAAAUUUAGUAGCUCCAAAAAGGAAUUAUUCAGACUUGAAGUAUGAUAUAUAAAAUACAUUAAAAUGUGUAAUAUUUCGUAAAAAGAAUAUAGCGCUUAAGUGUAACAAAUUUUU